AUGCGCGUCUUUGUCACUGGGUCCACCGGCUUCGUCGGCUCAGCCGUCGUCAAAGAACUCCUCUCUGCGGGACAUAAAGUCCUCGGCCUGACUCGCAGUGAGAGUGGAGUCGAACAGCUUGAAAACCAAGGCGCCGAGGCCCUACGCGGUACCAUUGAACAGCUGGAUAUCCUCAAGAAAGCCGCCUCCGAAUGCGACGCCGUCAUCCACCUCGCCUUCAACCACGACUUCACCGACUACGCCGGCUCCUGCGCCACAGACCGCGCCGCCAUUAGCGCCAUGGGGUCCUCCCUUGCCGCUGCAGGCGGAGACCGCGCCCUGGUCAUCACCUCCGGCACGAUGCUGCUCCCACGCGGCAAGCUAGGCGACGAGGACGAUGCGCCGGACAUGACCCACCCGAUGGCUGCGGCCCGCGGCGCCUCGGAAAAAGUGUGUCUUGACUUUGCGAAGCAGGGUGUGCGAGCUAGUGUUGUGCGACUUCCACCUACAACGCACGGCCGUGGGUUCUCAGGAUUCACGGGCUCGUUUGUGAGCGUUGCGCUGCAGAAGGGCGUCGCAGCAUAUCUUGGCGAUGGGCAGAACCGCUGGUGUGCCGGCCACCGGGACGACGCGGCGAGGCUGUUCCGACUGGCGGCGGAGAAGGCCACACCUGGGUCGGUUUUCCAUGCGGUGGGUGAGGAGAGUGUGCCGACCAAGGAGAUUGCGAUUGCAGUUGGGAAAAAGCUGGAGAUUCCUGUUGUUAGCAUUCCGCCGGAGAAGGCAGAAGAGCAUUUCGGUUGGUUCUGGUUUGGUGUCGCGGCUGAUAACGUUGCCUCGAGCGCGAAGACGAGAGAGCGGUUGGGUUGGACUCCCGAGGGGGCAACGUUGAUGGAAGAUAUCCCGGCUAUUGUUGACUUUAUAAAGUCUCAAGCAGUGUAA